GAUAUGUUUUGGAUGGAUUCUUUUAUGACUUUAAUCUUGUGCGAGGCACAAAUCAGUGUUCAACUUCUUUGAAUGUGCAAAGUCUCAAGUCAGAUUCUAUGGUGACCAGUUCAGCCUCAAUUUCCCCUUUGCAAGAUACGUUUUCCUUGCUGUCUCAGCUUGUCCGUCUUCUUGAGUUCGACCGGCCGAGGCUAUUAACACAGAUCUGGCAACCAAGUGACGUUAUUCGGGCAGUAGCCACUGCUGGGAUUGAUAUGUUUGAUGGUACUUUGCCUUUUAGACUUUCAAGAGCUGGGCUUGCCUGGCUUUACCCUGGCUGGCGUCCUGAUUUAAUGAGUCCCGGCUUCGACGAUAAGGGUAUUACUGGAACCCCCGAAGCUUCGUCAGAUAAGUCUCCUAUAUCAUGGUUAGCAUUUCCGCUGACGGAAUCUGACUUACCGCCCCAUAAAGAUGACAAAGAUUAUUGUGUUGUGGUAGGUUCUAAAAGUUGUCACGAAAUAAGCAUUCAACCUGGGUGCUUAUGUGCUACGUGCCUACGGCCGUACUCAAGGGCUUAUUUGUCUCAUCUACACGUAAUCCGCGAAAUGUUGGCUCAAACAUUAUUAAUGAUGUAA